UUCUUUGUUCAAGGAUAGGAUUCAUUAGCGUUGCAAGCGCCACACGUAUAUCCAAAACAACGCAAAUUAAUAUUUGAAAAUGGCGGCAGCUGCAUCAGCGUCAUCUUCCAUGGUGGCCACCGCCGUUUUGGCUCCACGUUUUCCGACCGCCGCUAGAACUACCCGCUGCAGUGCCUUGCCGCCUCUCCUCCCUCGUGUUUCCACCGCUUCCUUUUCCUCUUCCGUUAAGUUAGUUCCAGAAUCCAAGAGGUUUUCUCUGCUUCAGACAAAAGCCUCAGAGGAGACCUCUGUUGAUGCUGGGGAGCUUUUCACUGAAUUGAAGGAAAAGUGGGAUAAAGUUGAGAACAAGUCCACGGUUCUUCUUUAUGGUGGUGGGGCUAUAGUUGCUGUUUGGCUAUCAUCCAUUCUCGUUGGUGCCGUUAACUCGGUCCCUUUGCUUCCAAAGAUGAUGGAGUUGAUAGGACUUGGAUACACAGGAUGGUUUAUCUACAGAUACCUUCUCUUCAAGUCAAGCAGGAAAGAACUAGCCACGGAUAUUGAAGCACUGAAGAGCAAGAUUGCUGGAAUUGAAUAGAUGCACAGCAACGGCAUGUUCAUUUAUUCGGUAGUAUUAUCUUUUUGGUCCUUUUUUGUAACCUGUAAAAGAGAUAUCUAUAUCCUGUAAUUGUAGGAUUGCCUUGUAUGAAUCCUUGUCACCUUUUCA